AAGUACGAGCCUAUCGCCAGCCUGUCUCUCGUUGUCCUCCUUUAACGCUCUUCCAUUCCAUUCUCUUUUAACCCUCUCGCUCUCUGAUGCUCUAUCGCGACGAAGAAGAAGACGGACGGUUACAUGGACCGGUGCCCCUUCGUCCGGAUCAUCGUCGGAAACUUGGCGCUGAAGGUUCUUGUUCCGCCGGCGCCCCCUGCCUCCCCCUGCUUCGCACAGAUCAGUCUCGGCAAGUUCCCUCACCAGAUUGCCGACGUCCCUAUCCUCGCUUCUAGCGAAACCUCCAUCGCAGACAACUCGCCUCCCGUCGCCGCCCGGUUCCACUUAUCCAAGGAUGAUCUUGACAGAAUCGCCGGAAAGUCGUCGCUUUUCGCCUCCUCCGCCAGCCGCGCGAAACUCAAGGUCUCUAUCUACACCGGCGCGCAAGGGAAUUCCUUUCGGUGGAGCCCCGGGAACCUCGUAGGAAAGUUCAGGAUGCGGCUGGAUUUGAAGGGUAUCGCAAAGGACGGCGGGGCGAGCGGAGCGAUGGAAUUCCACAGCGGGUGGGUCGCCAUUGGUAAGAAGAGGGCAUGGAUUGGCAAGGGCUCCCCUUCGUCCUCCUCCUCUUGGUCAUCGGAGGCUCAGCUGCAUCUGACGGUGAAGGCCGAGCCUGAUCCUCGAUUUGUGUUCGAGUUCGACGGCGUGCCGGAAUGUAGCCCGCAGGUUUUGCAGGUAGAAGGCAACAUGAAGCAACCCGUAUUCACCUGCAAAUUUAGCUGCCGCAAUGCCAUCGACCGUAACAUAUGCUCCAGGGCGGCGAUUUCGGAGUCACGUAGCACCAGGAAAUGGUUUUCGUCGUUCGGGUCGGAGCGGGAGCGACCGGGGAAGGAGCGGAAGGGAUGGUCGGUGACGGUCCACGACCUCUCCGGUUCUCCUGUGGCUCUCGCUUCCAUGGUAACCCCCUUCGUGGCCACCCCUGGAACUGACCGAGUGAACCGCUCCCACCCCGGCGCGUGGCUCGUGCUCCGCCCGGGGGACGGCACCUGGACGCCGUGGGGGCGCCUCGAGGCCUGGCGCGAACGCGGCGGUGCCGGUGCCAGCGACAGCCUCGGGUACCGCUUCGAGCUCCUCCCAGACGCCAACAUGGGAGCCAGGAUCAACCUGUCCGAGUCCACCGUCAGCACCAUCAAGGGAGGCCAGUUCGUCAUCGACCUGACUGGCGCCACCGGCAAGUCGGUCACAACUGACGCCGGCAACCGCUUCUCGAGCUACCGCGGUUUUGUGAUGUCGGUGACGGUGGCGGGGGAGGGGCGGGGCGGCCGGCCGACGGUGGAAGUGGGUGCGCAGCACAUCGAGUACACAGAGGACGCGGCGGUCUUCGUUGCGCUCGCCGCCGCCGUCGACCUCAGUAUGGACGCCUGCCGACUUUUCUCGCACAGGCUGAGGAAAGAGCUGAGCGCACCGGACUUGCUGCGAUAACCACAACACAACAACAACACGGUGAAAGUACCAUCUUCUAUCAUCUCCCCCUCUGCCUGUUCACUCAUCGAUCAGCAAUAACAAAGUCUUCUGGGCGUUUUUAAAGCUAGAAGUCUUCAUCAGAAAGAGCCAGUGUGAGGGGGGCUUAUCUCAAAAGGAACGCACUGUAAAAAUCGUCUCGCAAUCCACAUUCUAACUUUUUUGUUAAAAGAUUUGUUCGGACUAUUUUCGAUCGUU